CAUUGGCUGGUAGGCAUGAGGAAAUGACUGAUCAUUGCCUUCAGGAUCUUGGUGGUCAUUGUUGGCUGCUUGUGAUUCACUUUUUGGUGUGGAAGCUUUGUUGGAAGUUUGGAGAUUAUCCAGUGGAAAGGUGCUCAAAGCAGAUGGACCAACAAUCAAAUUUUCAGGUUUAUGGUUUACUAAUAAAUCUCUUGUCAGUUGGAGAAUUAGGAUUGAGAGCUGAGACUAGCAAUCCACUUGGAGUGAAGGAUGAGCUUGGCUUGCAUCGCAAUCCACUUGGAGUGAAGAAUGAGCUUGGCUUGCAUCGCCCUGCAUUAAAGAUGCCAAGAAGAAUGUCCGGGAAAAACAGAGAAAAAGCCAGUGUGGUGGCAAGUCAUUAUUCGGUAGUGUCGAUAGCAAAUGAUCGAUCGAUUGAUUGAUGCAGCGCUGUGCAUACACUUAUUGGUGCCUAUGGGCCACCACACAGCAACGAUGACAAUCACUGGCACUUCUGUUAGUGAAGAGACAAGGUUGAUGAUUGCAUUACAUGUGCUGAUACAGCAAGAUCAAGAGUAUAUGUUGCGACAAACCGUAGAUCACGCAUGUACUACUUAGAUUAUGCUUACUGAGAAAUAUUUUUCUAACUGUGCUAGUUUGGAAAAUACUUUAGACUAAUAGUGAAAAAACCUCACUUUAGUUCCCUGUAGUGUUGAGUAUCAAUGAAUUUUCCUUGUGAAUGUCAUCAACAGGAGCGU